CCCCCGCCCCGGCCGAGGGGGCCGGAGCUAGCGUGGCUCCGGGAGGCCGCCCAUUCGCCUGGCGGUGCCGCUGCCCCUCAGGCCGCUCCCGUGCCGUCCCUCUGCCUCCUCCUCCUCCUCCUCCUCCUCUUCUUCUUCUUCUUCUUCUUCCUCCUCCGCCUCCUCCGGGCCCGGCCCCGGCCCCGGCCUGAGGGGCUGCGGCCGCCAAAGUGCGGGGGCGGGAGGAGGGCGCCGCCCCCGGGGAGGACCAAGAUGGCGUGUCUGCUGGAGCCUCCCCUCCGCAUGAGCGUCCUCUCGGAAGUCACAGCGAGCAGCCGCCACUAUGUUGACAGGUUGUUUGACCCUGACCCUCAGAACGUUCUGCAAGGUGUCAUAGACAUGAAAAAUGCUGUAAUUGGAAACAACAAACAAAAGGCCAAUCUGAUUGUUUUAGGGGCAGUUCCAAGGUUGCUGUACCUCCUUCAGCAAGAGACCUCCAGCACCGAGCUGAAAACGGAAUGCGCGGUGGUGUUGGGAAGCCUUGCCAUGGGGACAGAAAACAAUGUCAAAUCUCUGCUGGAUUGCCACAUCAUCCCCGCCCUGCUGCAAGGAUUACUGUCACCGGAUCUGAAGUUCAUCGAAGCUUGCCUCAGGUGCCUUCGCACCGUCUUCAUCAGUCCAGUCACUCCGGAGGAACUUCUGUACACACCUGCAUACCUCCUCACUGGGUGGAGACAAGAUGCUACGGUUAUUCCCCACCUCAUGGCUCUGCUCAGUAGAUCACGCUAUACCCAAGAAUACAUAUGUCAGAUCUUCUCUCACUGCUGCAAACUCCGUCACUGGCAUAGCUGCGGCUUUAAAUCAUCGCCUCAGCCCCUUCUAGGUGCCAAUGGUCCAGAUCAUCAAACAAUCUUAUUUAACCAUGGAGCAGUUCAGAAUAUUGCUCAUCUGCUAACCUCGGUGUCCUACAAAGUUCGAAUGCAAGCACUGAAAUGCUUCUCCGUUCUCGCCUUUGAAAAUCCCCAGGUAUCCAUGACCCUCGUAAAUGUGCUGGUUGAUGGAGAAUUGUUGCCCCAGAUUUUUGUGAAGAUGUUACAAAGGGACAAACCUAUUGAGAUGCAACUCACAUCAGCUAAAUGCCUGACUUACAUGUGCAGAGCUGGGGCCAUUCGUACAGAUGAUAACUGUAUUGUAUUAAAGACAUUGCCUUGUUUGGUUCGGAUGUGUAGCAAGGAGAGAUUGCUGGAGGAGCGAGUAGAAGGUGCCGAAACGCUCGCCUAUCUGAUCGAGCCGGAUGUCGAACUGCAAAGAAUCGCCAGCAUUACAGAUCACCUUAUCGCCAUGCUUGCGGAUUACUUCAAGUAUCCCAGUUCGGUCAGCGCCAUCACAGAUAUCAAAAGGCUCGACCACGACUUAAAGCACGCUCACGAACUGCGCCAGGCCGCCUUCAAGCUCUAUGCCUCUCUCGGAGCAAACGACGAAGACAUCCGGAAGAAGAUCAUUGAGACUGAAAAUAUGAUGGACCGAAUUGUGAAUGGCUUGUCUGAGUCUAGUAUCAAGGUGCGGUUAGCUGCAGUCAGAUGUUUGCACAGUUUGUCCAGGUCUGUGCAGCAGCUCCGAACCAGCUUCCAGGAUCACGCCGUGUGGAAGCCCUUAAUGAAGGUUUUACAGAAUGCCCCUGAUGAAAUCCUAGUGGUAGCCUCGUCCAUGUUGUGCAAUCUCCUUCUUGAAUUCUCCCCUAGCAAAGAGCCUAUUUUGGAAUCCGGAGCCAUAGAACUACUAUGUGGGUUAACCCAAAGUGAAAAUCCUGCUCUGCGAGUGAAUGGCAUAUGGGCUUUAAUGAAUAUGGCAUUUCAAGCGGAACAGAAAAUCAAGGCCGAUAUCUUGCGAGGCUUGAGUACAGAGCAGUUAUUCCGAUUACUCUCAGAUUCAGAUGUGAAUGUAUUAAUGAAGACAUUGGGACUGCUGAGAAAUCUCCUAUCUACUCGUCCACACAUAGACAAGAUAAUGAGCACUCAUGGCAAGCAAAUCAUGCAAGCUGUCACACUCAUUCUGGAAGGAGAGCAUAAUAUAGAGGUCAAAGAACAGACAUUAUGUAUACUAGCCAAUAUAGCGGAUGGAACGACAGCAAAAGAACUCAUUAUGACCAAUGAUGACAUUUUGCAGAAAAUUAAGUAUUACAUGGGUCAUUCAAAUGUUAAGCUUCAGCUCGCUGCCAUGUUUUGUAUAUCAAACCUCGUAUGGAACGAAGAAGAAGGUUCACAAGAACGUCAAGAUAAACUACGAGAUAUCGGCAUAGUAGAUAUUCUGCAUAAGCUGAGUCAGUCGCCAGACUCCAAUCUUUGUGAUAAGGCAAAGACAACACUGCAGCAGUAUCUGGCGUGAUGGAAAACCAAGCAAGAACUUCGGGCUCCCGUCACAUCUGUUUAAGGAAUAACAGGAAAAAGCCUCAUCUGAUCCCUUCUAUUUGCACAAGUCACCUUGGGCUGAGUCGCUCUCACGGGCAGGGAGCUGCUUCGCAAAAGCAAUCUAAGAGAACGGAUCUCGGAUGCACUUGAGAACUUUGGGGAGGGCGUACAUUUACUCAGAGGACUGUUGUGUGUUUAUUUUUCCGGAGCCACCUGGACUCUACUAGAACAAUCAAUUGUCAUUUUCCUUUGGGCCUACAAUUUUUUUGCUUUUGCUGCAGCCACUUUGCGUGCAAGCGUGGGUGUUCGUGUGCGUGUGUUACCUGUGUGAGCGUGCGUGAGUGGGAGUGAGUGGGUGUGUCAGGGGGGAUACCUCAGAAAACUUGUUUUCUUAUUUUGUGUGUGGAAAUCUCUUUUCUACAGAUUUUCCAGGAUUAAGCAUUGCUUGCUGUAUGAAACCUUACUGAAUUAUAUACAGUUUAAAUGAAAUGUUAUUUAAAAGAAACACACACACAAAAAAAAAACUGUCAAGUGCCCCAUAAAGUUUUUGUUGAAUUUUGAUCAGAUGAAUAUUUGUAAGUAAAAAAAUAUAUGCAUUUCUGAACCUCAACGUAACUUACAUAUACUUUUCUUUAAAAGAAGAUAUAGAGGACCUGAAGGACAGGCAAUAUAAGUAGUGCCCGGGCCUCGGGGAGAGAGAGCUAAGCGUCUUACUGCCGUUCACAGGCGUCCGUUCCCCCGACAACCCGACUGAAUAAGUAAGCGGCCUUGUAGAGUAGAAGCGUGGGACUGACCUCUGCGGGUGGAUCUUGAAACAAUAAGGGGAAGCUCAGCGGCCCUGUUGGAGACCCAAGUGACUGGGUUGAGCUUUGGUGGAUUCAGUUGGGUCCAGGCCACUUCCUGACCGGAGAAGACCUCCCCACCUCCUUCCCCCUCCAUCCCUCCAGCCUAGAAGUAUGAAAUCCCACAUCUCCUUUGGGAGAAGGCCUGGGGAUCAGCUCAUCUCAACGGGUGGGACAGGCGCACGGCACCCUGAAGGCUAAGUCCGGCGUAGGCGGGCGGUGUCUCGCACAUCUAUCCCGAACGAAGCCGAGGAUAUGGCGGGGUCAUUUUGGAGGAUUCAGUGUCGGCCGCUGAGCACGGCCUGACGCGAGAGAGUUCACGGUGAAACCGAAGUCCUACCCCUGAACUUUAACUUCGGAAGAGGGGAGGGAGAAGAGCUGAAUGACUUUUGAAAGUCCUCUCACUCCCUCCCUUCCUCUCUCCCCUCUCAAGAGUAUCCCUAAGACCGAUUAGCUCCGUAUAGCCAGAAAUUGAGAUCCCUUUAUAGAACCGACCAGGGCUUUAAUGAUUGCUGGGUGCAAUGUAAGUGAUUUCCCAAAUCGGUGCGGAACUUAGGCCAAAGAAGGAAGAGAAAAUAUUCCACCUAAUGACAAAGUUAACAUUCUCUUUGUGGUACUAUGUCUUAUCUACGUCCUUGCUUUUAGCUUGGAAUACGCUUCCGGCUCAGUUAACUUCUGCCCACGGAUACUUUAGGCAAAAUUUAAUGCGAGGAGGUGGCGUGUGACUUGGAAGCCCGAAUCUGGCUGGGAUUUUCCUUCCGUAUCAAGUAAGAGGGAAGGAAGGAACUGGGGAGGGAAACCUGCGUAUUCCCGAUCGAAUUCUGACACUGCCUGAAUGUUUUUGGCUUCCCCCGCCGCCUGCCCCCGCACCAUCAUCCCCCAGCAUUUCUUUAUCAAGUUUUGAAUCUGUCCGAUUGCAGAGUACUUUCCUGAUUAAUCCAUUUAACGGCAUUUUCUUUUUCCACUCUGAAAGGCGGAAAUCAAGUCGAGCACCCAAACGCAUCCCCUUUCUCCCCACCCCGAGACUGAGCUGCUGCAAUAAGCCCUUCUCUGUAGGAAACAGGGCACCUGGGUUUUGCACACUGAUCAUGUACUAAAAAUAUGCAGCUCCCUAGGUUGGUGGGGGGAAACAAUCGAGUUCCUUGGAUACAAAGCCUUAUUGAGUAAAACCCCGUUCGAACUGAGGGUAGCUCUUCUAGGGCUGAGGGAAACCCUGAUUCCAAUUCUUCAAUGCCGACGACUACAAGGUUAGGAUUAGAUGUACCAGGUAAACACAGAAAACCAACGAUGCUAAGACAAUCCAGACUGCAUGAGGGGCUUAAAAUUAAAAAAAAAAAAGGUCCUUUUCAAAAAUGACAUCGCUCAUGUCGGUGGAUUGGAUGUUCAUUACAAAAAUUCACACUCAAACUUAAUGUGAUUAAAUAUUGCCUAUGGGUGUGUAUGAAUAGGAAAAAUAAAUAAAAAAUACUUUGCCAGAAUACUUAGUUUUUCCUGAAUUUUAUGAAGAAAAUUGUAUUCAUUGAACUGUCACCUGCCUGUAACGUUUUCUAGUUAUGAUGCCAGAAAUGAGGAACAGAGGGCAAUGUUCUUAUCCCAACUUCUAAAAGUCUGUGUUAUCUAUUUCUCAUUCCUGGUUUGAUUGCUUUUACCUGAGGAAAGUCCAUGAGCUACACAAGCAAAUAGGAUGGUCUGUUUAAUAAGCUAUUUUUUUUCCUUCAAGCACUUUAUUCGGAACAAUCCGUGUUCUGGUGUCUGGAUAAAAAUUGUGCUUUAAACAACAUAUUAAUAAAAACCGAGAAAAUGCAACAACCUC